AUGGCCUGUGCGCCAGCAUCCGCCGUUCGCACCGCCGAGGCAGUGGGCCAGGGCGCGCCACACCAGCAGCCGCCCCGGUUCGCCAAGAUCGACUUCGCCACGUACGACGGCUCCGACGACCCUCUUAACUGGCUAAACCAGUGUGACCAGUUCUUUCACGGCCAGCGCACGCCCGCGUCGAAACGGACUUGGCUGGCAUCCUACCAUCUCCGCAGGGCCGCCCAGACAUGGUACUACGCCCUCGAACAGGACGAGGGCGGCAUGCCCCCGUGGGAUCGUUUCCGAGAGCUGUGCCUUCUUCGUUUUGGGCCACCGGUACGCGGGAGCCGCUUGGCCAAGUUGGGCCAUCUGCCGUUCACCUCCAUGGUGCAGGACUUCGCCGAUCGCUUCCAGGCCCUAGCGUGCCACGCACCCGGUGUGACGGCUUUACAGCGGCCGGAACUUUUCAUCGGCGGUCUCCCCGGCCACAUCCGCGUGGACACGACAGACGAGUCUGAGGAGGAGCCACUGGAGGAUGGCCUCGGUGCCCCAGCCCUUGCGGAGCCCGCAGCGGCACCCGCGCCCGCCCCGGCCACCGCCCUUGUGGUGUCCCUACAUGCGCUGGCCGGCAUCCGUGAUGAACGGACGAUGCUCUUACCGGUCAUGAUCCAGGGUAAGCGCCUGGUGGCCCUAGUGGACACAGGGUCCACUCAUAACUUCCUGCCGGAGACCACCAUGCGGUGCCUGGCAUUACAGCCCACCGGCGGUGAACAGUUGUGA